CCAGAACUUACCGCCAUGCACGAACUCAUUUUAUUUUCAGCGUUUAAUUUCCAUGAAAAGCACCUUGUUUGCCCAAGUACUUAAAUUGUACGCCUCAUUGACAAGACUAGCUUGACCACGUAAAAAUUAUGCCUGCUGAGCCAGACCGUCGAACCCUCCUCAUUCCUGCAAACCUCGGCACGCCCGCCCAAUAUGAUCGAUCGAUCUUCCCUAUCAUGAGACUUAAGGAUAAAAACACUCUUGGGCAGAUCGAUAUAGUACUAGAAGCCACGCUGGACGAGGUAUUCAAGAUACGCCAGAUGGCCACUGAUAAGAAGCAGCUCCAAGAGCUACUUGCCGAGACGAAGGUCGAGUAUGACAACCUGGUUGCAGAAAAGGAGAAACUGCAACAGCAAAAUAAAUCAUUCAAUCCAGUGAAAUUGUUCUCGGCAUAUCGUUCAACUCGGUUGCUUGCGGAAGCAGGGAAAACGUUGUACACGAGAACCAGAUCCACGUCAGAGAGGAUGAGAAGGCAAUUACUCUCUGUUGCCUCAACAAACGUUGAGCGUGUACAGUAUGACGACUUGCCGUCUGACGCUCACAUUAGCGGAAUCGCUGUUCAACUGGAGUCGCCAUUGGACGAAUCCACUGCUUCAUUUUUCACCGAAGCUGCGAGUUUCAUUGCAUCUCAGGUGGACCUGCUUCCCGAGGGAAACCCUUUUGCCGAUGAGCACCAAGUAGAAGAUGAUUCUGGAGUUAGUGAGAGCACUGAACACAGUUCGACUGUAGACUCAUCAGCCAGCAAUGAUGGAGUUGCAUCACCAAGCACUUCUCGUCUUUCCGGAGCAUCUUCGUCGGGAUCUGGUAAUAACUAUUUCAUUUUUAACAAUAGCUACGUUGCCUCGAGAUCUGCCAUCCACACACCAACUUUAAACCAUGGUGGGUCACAUAACCAAGGGUCGUCUCCUCGCCACUAACGCUGUCGAUUUUUGAGUUUUGUCUACGGACCAUCCAUUAUGGCGUCGUAUACCUCAUUGUUUUCAACUUUGACUACUUUACCAUGUCGUGCAUGCAUACUAUGAUGAUUAUCAUGUUUUACGUCUAGACACUGUAUAUACCGUACCUCCGAUGACCACUGUUUCGUGCUGUACGACAUUGCAUUAUCAGGAGGGGCGAAGUUUGAAGACGCCCGCAAACACAUCUCGGCGCACGAGACAGAAUCGUGUACGAGAACGGUGAUCCCGAC